GACCAGCUAGCUAAGGUUACAGCCACUGCGCACACACACGUGUUGGAGCUGUGCUGUCCCUUUAGAUCAUGUAGGACAGUAGUAGUAACUGUCAAAACACUAAAAAACGUGAGGAUCAUGUGUCAUGGACGACUUCGUUGAUGCUGAGGCGCUUUAGCAGAAGACACAAUGAGUGGUCAAAGUCCUCCAGCCUCUAAUGGCAUUACUCCACUGCAGCAGAUGGCGGCGUCCUGCUCCGGAGCCAUCCUUACAUCUUUGUUUGUUACACCUUUGGAUGUUGUGAAGAUCAGACUGCAAGCACAGAAAAAUCCCUUCCCCAAAGGGAAAUGCUUCGUCUACUGCAAUGGACUAAUGGACCACAUAUGUGUGUGUGAAAAUGGCAACUCCAGGGCCUGGUACAAAGCCCCAGGUCACUUCAGUGGCACGCUGGAUGCCUUCAUAAAGAUAGUCCGCAACGAAGGAGUAAAAUCAUUAUGGAGCGGUCUACCUCCAACCCUUGUGAUGGCAGUCCCUGCUACAGUGAUCUACUUCACGUGCUACGACCAACUGUGCGCAGCACUGAGGGUCAGGAUGGGAGAGCGUGCUCAGGUGGCUCCUCUUCUAGCAGGAGCUAUCGCUAGAGUGGGUUCAGCGACAGUGAUCAGCCCCCUGGAGUUGAUCCGUACAAAGAUGCAAUCUCGGAAACAGACGUACAGGGAGCUAACCGACUGCAUCCGCUCUGCGGUGCAGGCAGAGGGCAGGCUGUCUCUGUGGCGAGGCCUGGGGCCCACGCUCCUCCGAGACGUGCCCUUCUCUGCCAUGUACUGGUACAACUAUGAGAGGGGCAAGAGCUUCCUGUGUGAGCUGUAUAACACCAGAGAACCCACCUUUACCAUGACCUUCAUAUCUGGAGCGGUGUCUGGCUCUAUUGCAGCCAUCGUAACGUUACCUUUUGAUGUCGUCAAAACGAGGAGGCAGGUGGAGCUGGGAGAGCUACAAGCAAAGAAUUUGUCCCAUCAGGUCUCCACCUCCACCCUCAGUGUGAUGAGCAGGAUUGUGGCGCAGGACGGCUUCAGUGGACUGUUCAGAGGUUUCCUCCCAAGGCUGAUCAAAGUGGCCCCGGCCUGCGCAAUCAUGAUCAGCACCUACGAGUUCGGAAAAGCCUUUUUCCGCAAAUACAACGAGGAGAGGAUACUCAGGCCGCUGCAGACCAGCAACUCCUGAAACAGCACUACGACCACUGUGAUACUAUAGCAGGGGGAGAAAUGGCUCAUUUUGCCAAAGUAAAAAAACACAAGCAGAAAUGGUGAACGGCUCAACCCAUUUCUGCGUUAAAGAUUUAUAUUAAAUUCAGUUUAUUUGUAUUUAAAAUGAUAUUCUAUAAUAUAUGUUCACUCCUACAGAUCCUGUGCGCACAACUGAAAAUAGAUCAUGUUUUGUCUGUCUCAUCAGUGCUCCAAUCACAUGCUUUUUGAUGCGCUGAACAGCCAGCAGAUGGCAGCCACAGUUUUGUUAAUAAUAUGUGAUAUGUUUCACUGUAAUCAUGUGCACUGUGCCUGAAGUCCUUACAUUAGAGAUACAAGAUUGUGAUUCCCCUGUGUGUCAGUCCAAGUCAGUGUAUCCUUCCACAACACAGAGAGGAUCUCUGUGUGUUUGCACCUCUACUCCAACUCCCUGUUACCUGUGAAUACACGUGUGACAGAGAAACAAACGCACAACAGCCCAAAUCAAGUGUUAAGCCAUUAAGAGUGUGGACUGUGACAUGUGUAAACUUCAUGAAAAUAUGACUUUUCAAAUGUUUACUAUACAUACCUGAUUGUCUUUGUAGAUUCUUCUCAUGCACUGACUUUAUACAGACUGUAUCACACCCAUUCAUUGUCAAAAAGAAACUCAAAUGUCGCUAUCAAAUUCUCACUGUUUGAUCAAGUGGAGUUUAUUCAAAAUGAAGGAUAAAAAGGCAAACAAAUCCAAUAAAACAUCUGCUGCA